AUGUCGUUUAACGUUACAAGUUCCUCUACUAGUGUUCCUGUUAUUCCUUCAUCUGAUCUUUUGACAGUCGGGGAAGUGAAAGGAUACAGUGCCGAAAAACUUAACGAAUUUUUGAAAGCGAGGCUAAAGAAUAUUGAUGUUCACAUAAAUACUAUCACUGAGACUCAACAAGUUGAUGGUGAUUCUUUUCUUGACUUAACUGCUGUGAAUUUUGAAAGGUGGGGUAUACCGGGUGGGCCAGCAAAAAAAAUUGAAAGGUUGAUUAAUGACAUUCAAGGAGAAACCACUACAAAUACCAGAUUGGUACAUGUCUAUGUUGAUCACUCAAAUAUUGUCAUUGAGGGAAAAAAGACUGUCAGUGCAUUUGAACAUAUUUUUGACAAAAACAGCAAGACAUACUACAUGAGCCAUAAUCCGGUAAUAGUUGGUUCAAGACCACCACCGAAUGAUUCUGGUGAUGACAAUAAGACGCAUACCAAAGAAAAACGGGUUGACACUGAAAUUGCGGUCUCUAUGGUGAUCGAUACUCUCAUUAAUAUUAAAAAUCCGGGCAUAUUGAUUCUUGUCUCUGGUGAUGGCGAUUUCGAACCAGCCUUAAAACUAAUAAUAGAGGCAGGAGAGUUAAAAGUAGGAAAGAAUAAAGUGAAAUUUAUGUCUUUGGAUCCAGAGUACAAGUUGUUUUCUUUUGGCUCUGGACCCGAACCCACAAACAGAAAAAAAUCUCUUGAUAUAUUCCAUAAUAACAAUCAGAUCUGGGAAAACAAGGAUCUGAUUGAUUGUUACAUUGGACUACAAUCAUCCUUCUGUUGGUGGCAUAGGACCGAUACAGACUUGAAAUUGGCAACACGUUGGUUGGAAAAUAACUUUAAGGAUAUUCAGAUGCGUUCCGAGAUUGCACGAAUGACAUAUACUAUCCAAACUGCACAUACUGCAUUCCCCGAAGACAGUGAAAGAUUUUAUAGAAGUCUUAAAAGAGCAGGGACUAGCAUAGAUGACAUCCCACAAUUUACACCAAAAACAUACCCCAUCGACGAAAAUGAUGAAGAUUUAAAGGAGUGUGUGAAACUCAUAAAAAGCAAAUUGAGCGUUUUGAAAUCCUUACUUCCCACCGACGCCGAAAGAGAACGUUGUGAAUACGUCGAAUGUUUCCUUGAUAUAGCAAUAAUUAUUGCCAGAAAGAACAAACGCAGUGCCGAUGUUGCCUUCAAGGAGGACUACAUUUAUGGAAUAGUCACAACUGCGGAAUUAUGGUAUUUUUUAAAAUAUAACAGUGAAGGAAUUUUUUACACAGGUAAAAAUCCGCUUAGGGUCGAAUUCAAUGAAUCUGCAUUAGAGGAUUCAAAUGAAGAACUAAAUUUACGAAAUAAUGUGAGAAAGGUUUUGGAGGUGAUAGUGGGAUUAUUAAUAGAUAAGGUAGGAACUAUCGAACCGUCUGUGAAAAAGGCCAAGUAG